AUGACGACCCACAACGGCCUCCUCUCCCAGCCAUCGGCAUCGGACGGCCCAGACAUGGCCCAGCUCAUCCGCACCGCACACCGACACGCCCUCGACAUUGCCACCUUUGAUGCCCUCGAAGACGUCCUGCAGGCCUUUGUCAUCACCCACUUCACCCGCCUCAUCCCCCAAGGCUGCACGCCGCAAGAGAUUGGCAUCAUGCUCCCAUCCCACCAAGAGACCCAGACCAUCGUAAAGCAGCUCGCAACCGCAAGGAUACGCGAACACGCCUUCGGAAAGCUCGUCGCCAGCCUCGGCCUCGUCCUCAGCGAUCGUCCCGGCCAGCAUCUACCACCGGCAGCUGCAGCCGCCGCCGCAGCCACCAUCGACUCGUCGACCAUGUCCGCCCUCGUCGCCAUCCUCGCCAUCGAGUCCCAGCACAAGCCCGACUUUUCCCACUUCGUAUUUGACCACGUGCCCCUCUUCCAGCACAUCGAGCAGCAGAAGCGCCACGGACCCCUCGCAGGCGAUCCGGCGUGGGAGUACGACCUCAACCUCAACAAGAACCGCCAGUGGAAGCGCGCCGUCGAUCGCAGCAUCGCAGACAUCACUGCCGCCUUUGUGCAGGCGAGCAACGACAUCGACUGGCACAAGCAGGUCGAUGCUAGCGGCGACAUUGCCCUCCUCGCCCAGGCCGACCUCUUCGAACUGACCAGGAUACUGGUCGAGCUCGCGCCAAAGGACAAGCAGCGAAAGGAGCCCAUGGCACCGCUACCGCAGCCCCAGCCAGAGGGCGCGGAUCUCGAGCAACCCGAGCCCGAGCCCGAGCCGCCAAAGGGGCUUUCGGUCAGGAAUGCCAUCAAGGCCGGCAGCUCCUGUCGCGCCCGGCUGCAGGCCGCAUGCAAGGAAACGGCCAAUGCGGCCUUCAGCCAGGGCCAUUACGACGAAGCCGAGAGGCUCUACGGCAUCGUCGACGCAGCCGCCAAUGGCGAGCGCGACGCCAGCGUGCUCCUCAACCGCGCCGCCGCCCUGCUCAAGCUCGAGCGCUUCGCCGAGACAAUCGAGGCAGCGAGCGUCGCUCUCGAACUCCUCACUCGCCGCACCGACGCCAAGAGUCGCAACCUGACGUGGAAGGGCUACCUGCGCCGAGGCAAGGCUCGCCGGUCGCUGCUGGCGCAGCGCGAUGCGGCAUCGCCGGACAGGACCGAGCUCAUCGACCUGGCCAGGAAGGACUUUGAGGAGGCGGCCAGGAUCGACCCCAAGGAUCCGACGGCGCAGGCGGAGCUCGAUGCGCUCGAAGCCGAGCUCGGCCGGCAAAGCACAGCCGAUGCGGCGGCCGCCGCCGCCGCCUCGGAUGCGAAUCCGCCCAAGGCCAAGGAGAAGACGAUCCUCGAGUCGCCCUUUUUCCGCGCGGACCUCGUGACGGGCCUGCUCGCCGACACGCUGCGGGCGCCGGCGUUUCCGCUGUCGGCCAUCAUGAAGCUGCUCUCAUCGACGAGUGCGACGGCCAAGACAGCGACGGCGACGGCUGCGCCGAGCACGCAACGAUCCGACGAGGAGGCGUGUGCGUCCGAGCACCGCGCGCUCGUUUCGACCCUGACGGCCGAGGGACGCGCGCAGCUCGAGGAGAGCAUCAAGCACAUCGGCGCCGUGCUUGCUCUGCCGCACUAUCAGAGCGCACCUGCCCCUCCAACGACGACGACAGCGGCGGCGUCAGCGGUCGACGAGAGGGAGUGGAAGCUCCUGACGACGUCGAUGCGGCUGCUGAUGGGCUGCUGCGCCAUGCUGCUCGAUGCCGUCGUGAGGGCGCAGAGCGACAUCCAGCUCGUAUCCGACGCGCUGCGACCGGACGUCAAGGGACGACGGGACCGCAUCACCGCCGACCGCGACGACGGUGCUUCCACCGGGACCAAAACCGACGCCGGUGCCGGAGCCGAGGUGGUCGAGAGGUUGCUGCACCGUGUCCAGGGCGAUGCGCUGUGUAUGCUCCAGCGGUGCUGCAGCCUCCAGGGUAAAGCGCACGAGGCCGACAAGUUUGCAAGGCCGGAGAUGGGCGCGGGCCCGGUGUGGAUUCGUUGGAGUGGUUUGUUUGGCUGGUUGAGAGGCUGA